AUGGGCAAGAAGGGCACCGAGGCUCCUCCCGCCGAGGGCGGCAGCAAGGGCUCCAAGAAGGCGGCCAAGGUGGCCAAGGCCGUGAAGAAGACCGUGGCGCGGAAGCAGAAGAAGGUCCGCACGAACGUGCACUUCUUCCGGCCGAAGACCCUGAUCAAGAAGAGGGACCCCAAGUACGCCAGGAAGUCCGUGGCCCAGCGGGACAAGAUGGACAAGUACCGGAUCAUCCAGUGCCCGGUGACGACCGAAUCGGCCAUGAAGAAGAUCGAGGAGAUCAACACCCUCGUCUUCCUGGUGGACAUCCAGGCGACCAAGUGCAAGAUCAAGCAGGCCGUGAAGGAGAUGUACGACGUGCAGUGCGCCAAGGUGAACACCCUCAUCCGGCCCGACGGCAGGAAGAAGGCUUACGUGCACCUGACCCAGGACUACGACGCGCUCGACGUGGCGAACCGCAUCGGCAUCAUCUGA